CCAACGACGUCUCUCCGAAUGUUGAUAUUCCCAUCAUACAUCCCCCCCCCCGUGCUGCCAUCAAUCUCGAGAGAGAAGGAGAACCGAUCUCACGCAGCUCUCUUUUUCCUCUUCUCUGUCCAUCUCGAACCAUGCAUGAUGUCCUCAUCGAUAACCUCGGCCCUAUGGCACGCCCAUAUUCCUCUACACAUAACACACGCCUCAUUCCCGGCGACGCCGUUCAUCGUCAGCGUCCCCCGCCUCAGCUACCUCGCGUUCCUGCUCCCGCGCCUCUCGGCCUUUUUCGGUGGCGCCCCCUGCUCCAGCUUCCACUUUGAGCAUGUGCAGCUGCGAAAUCUAGCUGUGGGACUCCUGGUCGACCUGUACGAGCCUUCCCUGCCGUGGAGGUUGACUGUGAAUGAGGGUGUGGGCUGGGACAUUGGUGAUACCUUUCUCAAUGCCGUCAAGGAGGCCGAUUUUAUCCGCAACGGAAAUGCAAAUCAGAUCAUGAAGAUGUCCAAAGACCACACCACGCAACUGUGGCAUGCAGUCGUGGACAAUGACCACUCUGCCUUCCACCGCAUCAACACGCGUCUGCUGGAUGCGCCCACGGCCCUCAAGCAUGUGCCUCUGAGGGUGUACAUCCCCGAGGCGCCGGAGACGCAGCCUGGCAAGUCGGUCGGCGGCGGCUCAUUCAGGGUCUUCCAGGCGCCCGUGCCGGCCGUGGUGCGUGACACGCGUAGGCCGCAGCUGCUGGGGCAGGCCCUCAAGAGCCUCAUGCCUGACCUCUUUCCGAGCAGCCGCGAUCCCGUGCUGGCGAGCGUCAUCAUGCACGGUGCGUCGGUGCCGUUCGAUGCCCCCUUGGGGGAUCUGAUGAGGGAGGCAGCGUACCCUGAUGGAUGGCUAUGCUUGGUGGUGAGAGUGUGA